AUGAAUCACUUACCGCACAUUGAUCACGAUCGAAGGAGGCGUACCAAUGAUGAAGGUAAUGAUUGGCCCUAUAAGAGACGGCGAUCUGUUCCGGAAAGGACGGGAUCAGAAGUGCGUUUAGAAUUGCUCAUCAGUCGCAUUGGUGAGAAGAGUAAUUCAUCCAUGGAAUCCAAUCUAGAGGGUUUGGCGCAGUCAUUAGGAACCUACCUCAUCACUGAUGUUGAUCACAUCAUCGAUAUCAUUAUAGAUUGCGUAUGUUAUUUGCGCGAGGAAAUUACUGCAUAUUCAACUCUUGCAGGCUUACUGAACUCAAAAAAGGAAAAAUUUGGCUUUGAGCUUCUGAAUCAAUUGUUGGAGGUGUUGCGAGAGAAGCUUGUAUCCUCUGAUUUCAUUCAUGCCUUACAUAUUGUCACAUUUCUAGCUGACCUGGUCAAUUGUCAUGUGGUUUCGUCCAGUUCUUUGGUGGAGUUUUAUGAAAGCUUUAUGGAAGCAGCUUAUGAAGAAAGUAUCCCACAAGUUCGAAGUGACUGGUUUGUUUAUGCGGUACUACACAGUCUUCCCUGGGCAGGGCCUGAACUAAAUGAUAGAGAAAAGGAACCACUUGAUAAUCUCCUAGAAGGCAUUGAUAAAUAUAUGCUUGAAAGGAACACAUCUCAUGCUAAGCUGCUUCAAGUUUGGUCAGCAACGGAACAUGAACAAGAAGAAUAUUUGGAUAGUCUCUGGAUUCAAAUUUCCAAACUGCGGGAUGAUGGUUGGGCAGAGCGACACAUUUUACGUUAUUAUGUAGCAUUUGAUGGUUCCUUGGCUGGUGCAGUUACGCAUAAUUUACCGUUAUUUGUUCCACCACCGCACACGUCAGUGAUGGUAUAUCCGCUGCCUACUGUUGUAUUUCGUUUUUUCGAUUAUGCCGAUUGCCCAGAUGGAGGAGCAGUGCUUCCUGGAGCUCAUUCAAUCGAGCGCUUUUUGGUUGAAGAAGAAUUGUGUUUGAUAAUUGGGAAUAAUUGUUAUAGUAGGAAAGAAUGCGCAGCACAACUUAUCAGUUAUCGGAAGAAAACAAUGGUACCAAUAAACUACAUGAUCUUGGAAGUAAUCUUUUCGCAGUUGUUCCGUCUACCGCAUCCGCCACUGCGGCCCCUAUUUUAUGGAAGUGUGAUGAUUGAAUUAUGUAAAACAAGGGAUAUGCCUCAGGUAAUCGCUCAAGCAGCAGAAUUGUUUUACCAACGAAUAGAUACAAUGCAACUUGAGUGCAUCGAUAGAUUAAUUGACUGGUUCAGUUACCAUAUGUCUAAUUUUGAAUAUCGCUGGUCAUGGGUCGACUGGGACGAUUGUCUCAAUUUGAAUGAUUAUGCACCAAGGCGGUAUUUUGUGAAAGAAGUCAUCGAAAAAUGCAUGAGGUUUUCUUAUUACGAAAGAAUUUGUGAUUGCUUGCCAAGUUCAUUCGAAGAAAUAACACCAGAAAAACCCUUUAUAUCGUUUUUAUUGAACCGAGAAGAAAAAGAAAUGGUUGCUGAAAUUGAAAAAGCAUUUCGUAACAAAGCUCAGCCAAAGGAGGUAACUGAAAUGUUACGCGGAUUUGACCAGAAAAGCAAUAGUUCAGCAACACUCUCUACAUUCUUUGCAGUUAUGCUUAAUGCAGCACAGAAGUCGUUUAGUCACAACUUUGCAGCUCUAGCAAGAUACCACGAAACUUUGAAAGAAUUGAGUGGUGUCGAUGAUGAAUCCUCUACGGCACUUUUGCAAACACUUUACGAUGUCUGGAAGCAUAAUCGACAGAUGAUGGUUGUGCUGAUUACCAAAAUGCUUCGAAUGACAUUACUAAAUGCGAAUGCCGUGGUGUCCUGGUUGUUGAGUAGUUGCGCUGGUCAAGAAUUACAUCGCUUCUGGCUGUGGGAAGCAUUAUUUAUGGUUGUGAAACAUUCAUGCGAACACAUGAAUCGAUGUAAGAUCAAACUUCAACAAAUGCAGGAGAAGCGUGCCAGGAUGGAGCGAAAUGAUAGAAACGCAUAUCAGCGUUUCUGUUAUAAUGAAGAAGACGAUGGUUUGGGGAUAAUUCUUGACGAUGAUAUUGAAAUGAAGAAGAAGGAAUUGAAGGAAAUACAGGAAAUGUUGAAAAACCUGUUUCUGAAUGUUUUACAUAAAUUGGUAGUGUUUCUCUCUGAACAUGUUGUAAAAUAUGAAACAACUGGAAGAAACUACGACACUUAUUGGUAUCGAUAUAUGAUGGGACGAUAUAAGGAGAUAUUGUUGAGGUACUGGCACGAAUUGUUCGAGAUUAAACAAUACAUUGAUAAGGAAUUGUUUGUAACAGCAGGAAUCGAUCCAAAAAUUUUGGAAAUUUACCAUCAGUUCAUUGCUCUAAGAGCAUGA